CUGCAGCCCCGUCAGCUCUCACAGUUGAGCUGGGAUCAGUUCUCCGAAACGGAUCUGUCCAGAGACCCGCUGUUCGUCCGCAUGAUGCGGCAGCACCAACAUCUCAUUCAGAGGGAUUCAGUUGCCAUGACGCCCGAGCUCAGCCUCGGUUCAGAUAGCAGAUGUUACCCGGGCGAUUCUGCGCAUUUGGAAGAAUUAUGUAAGGUUGUCCGGGCAUCUUAGACCGCAGUAUUACCCUCAGACUCAGCCAUGAAAUCUGUGCUGGACGGUGUGGCGGACACCACCUUCCGGACUAUCACCUCUGGUUUGCAGUACCUUGGCUCCAACGAUGCCAACUACGACGACCCCAUGAAUGACGUAGACAUCAAGGGAAGCUUCUCCAUGCAGAAGCCCCUGUCUGCGUUCCGCAGCGACGCGUUCCCGAACAAAGUACCUGCGGACGAGGACCUCAUCCUCAAGGGCAUCCCCUUCUUCCCCACCAAUGCCACGGACUUGUUCGGCAACAGGAGCACGCAUCGAGAUGAGAGCAGUAAUAUCCAGUGUGGGGAGAACUUUAUGGACAUGGAGUGUUUCAUGAUCCUGACCCCGAGCCAGCAGCUGGCCGUGGCCGUGAUGUCUCUGACUUUGGGCACCUUCACGGUUCUGGAGAACCUGGUGGUGCUCUGCGUCAUCCUGCAGUCGCGCACCCUCCGCUGCCGGCCGUCCUACCACUUCAUCGGCAGUCUGGCCGUGGCCGACCUGCUGGGCAGCGUCAUCUUCGUCUACAGCUUUUUGGACUUCCACGUUUUCCACAGGAAGGACAGCCCCAAUGUUUUUCUCUUCAAGCUGGGUGGAGUCACGGCGUCCUUCACCGCAUCGGUCGGGAGCCUCUUCCUCACCGCGAUUGACCGCUACAUCUCCAUCCACCGGCCCCUCGCCUACAGGCGCAUUGUGACACGGACCAAGGCUGUCAUAGCCUUCUGCAUGAUGUGGACCAUCUCCAUCAUCAUCGCGGUGCUACCUCUGCUGGGCUGGAACUGUAAACGUCUCAAUUCCGUUUGCUCAGACAUAUUCCCCCUCAUCGACGAGAACUACCUGAUGUUCUGGAUCGGCGUGACCAGCGUCCUGGUCCUUUUCAUUAUCUACGCCUACAUAUACAUCCUGUGGAAAGCGCACCACCACGCUGUGCGCAUGCUGAGCCGCACCUCCCAGAAGAGCCUUGUCGUCUACUCGGCAGAUGGAACUAAGGUGCAGACGACAAGACCCGAGCAGACUCGCAUGGACAUCCGUCUGGCCAAGACCCUGGUACUCAUCCUGGUGGUGCUGGUCAUCUGCUGGGGUCCGCUUCUCGCCAUUAUGGUCUACGACCUAUUCUGGAGGAUGGGUGAUGACAUCAAGACAGUGUUUGCGUUCUGCAGCAUGCUCUGUUUGCUCAACUCCACAGUCAACCCCAUCAUCUACGCCUUGAGAAGCAAAGACUUGCGGCACGCCUUUCUCAGCUCCUGCGGCGCCUGCAGGGGCAGCGCCCAGCAGCUGGACAAUAGCCUGGAGUCAGACUGCCAGAACAGAAAUGCCAACAUUUCUGCCAACAGGGCCGCGGAGAGCUGCGUGAAGACCACUGUGAAAAUAGCCAAAGUAACCAUGUCUGUGUCAACCGAAACCUCUGCAGAAGCCGUCUAAUUGGCCAUCACAGGGAACACGUGUAAAUGUCAUCCUCCCCAAACAAUGCCGUCCCACCCAUACACACACACACACACACUCACAAAGACAGAGGUCAGGCAUUCCAGAGAAGUCCUGUCCUGAAAGUGUUGACUUACAUCCUCACACAGAAGCUUUAGUGGUUCCAUCAUUUUAUGUUUUUGAAUGAGUACAUAGUGUACCAAAGUGCCAAAUGGUAUUGAAAGAUCACAGAAAGGACUCACAAUAUGUUAGAAUCAUGGAAGGCUGUCAGAAGUUUGCUGUUAAACACAGACAUGAUGAUAGCUUAUUAGCAGAGGCAUAUUAUAUUUUUGUACUGUGAAUUCAGGUUUUGAAAACAAUGUCAUCAUGGGAUAAGGGGCUACUGACAUUUUUAGGUAGAGAUGUUUUAUAGUGUCAUUUAGAAUUGAACAUGUGUCUUGCACAAUCAUUGCAUACAACAAAUAUGAAAUGGAAUUUAAUGAAUCAUUGCUCCUUGACUUUCGAGAGGCCUCAUGUUGCGUAUGUACAUUUCUAAAAGUAAACAGAAAAAGGAGUUCAAUUCAAUUUAAUUGUUGUUUUUUUUAAAUUGCUGUCGGACGUGUAACAUUUGUAUGUUGUGUGACAACACUCAGUGAGUGGCAACUGUGUGGAGGGAUCAUUGAGAAGUGACUGUUCAAGGAUAAAAAAAAAGAAAAUCAAAAACAAUUAUGGCUCAUAGAGCUAAAGACACUUGUAGCUUUUGAGUACGAGGAACCUUAAAAAAGGCAUUUUCUGUGGCAAAGUGAUUUCUUUGCUUCUUAGCUGUUACACCUGCUGUGUGACGUCUUUAUUCAAAUAUAUAUAUAUAACAACUGUACAGUGUUUUAUUGCAGAAUAAAAAGUCUAAACCAAUUCAUUCAGCUACACAGCCAGGACAACACAAAGGCCAUUAUUCUGGGGAAGGCUUAAACAGGACGCAGUGUGCUGGUCACUACUGUGAGAAACUAAUGUGGUCUCCAACCACAGCUGCUUUUCAUCAGAAGUUUGAUUUAAUGGAUUCAACCUCAUAUGUGUGUAACUACUUGUGAUCUGUUACCAACCCCAAAGCCUUCUUAACGUUGCAGUGAGUUGUUUUAGUGCUACUGUUGCAGCGGAGCAUCAUUUCAGAGAACAAAAAGGAACCCGUGCACAGGGCCAGUGAAGUAGUAAUAAAAAUAUGUCUGCUGUCCAUUUUUACUUCUCCAAAACAAAGAAUCAAAGGUCUUUUCAUUACUGGUAAGCUAAUUAAAUGAUGUGUGUGUAAGAAUUCUGUGGAGCUGGCAACUGACCUUACAAAAGAAGCUGAGAAGAUUUUUCAAAUAGACGAUGUAGAACUUUAACUCUAGAAAUCUCACGGCAGAAUUGUUCUGUGGACAUUUAUCUUGGUGUGAAGUUAUCCAGACAGCUGUUUAUCAGUAUGCUUUGCUGAUUCUUGUGAUUUUGAGUAUUGAAGAUCAAAAUGUCAACUGUCAAGUGGCUUCUGUACAUUGGUGGCAUAAUGAGGAAUAUAUGGCUUACAAACAACCGUCAAGUGUUUCUAGUAUUGGUGUUUUCAAACAUUUGAAUAAAGUCGCAGCUGGUGUAAUUUUGCCUACAGUUUUUUGACUGCUUGGAAACAUGAGGUCACGACACAUUUUACGUCAUCUACCUACUGAUCACUAACAAAGGAGG